UAUCUCAACAUCUGCUUGGAAAUGAGGAUCUUUUUCUGUCAAACCAAACACCCCUAUUUUCUCAUUUGUUUGCGGAAAUGGGUUGUUCCGGCGCAGAGGCCGACGGGAAAUAAAAUGGCGUGCUUGUUGUGAAAAGAAUCCUCGUCAGUUGUCAAUAAUUUUGUGUUCUCCGCUGUCCUCAACUUAACCGUGAUGACGGUUGGAGGCAUGUGACUACCAGGACGUCGUAAACCUUCCCAGUACCGUUUGAUUCAGGUCACAGCGGGUGUGUGUACGUGUAGUUAGUAGCUGUGUGCAGGAGUGAUGGGGAGAUGACAUGGCUUCACUGGAGGAUGUGGUGAGACCAGGCCGACAGCGCUCGUCAUCGCAGAGUCUACGCACCAGUUCAGACUACGACGAGGAAAUACGCAGGUUAGAGCUGGAGGGGGCGCGGUUGGGGGCGGGGCUGGGACCUCACAGCCUGCCGGUCAGUCGAUCGUCCAGCCGGCCGGAGAUUCCUGGUCUCAGUCUGGACACAACCACUCCUUACUCUUCUGCAUCGGCCACUACAGCAGGUCCACCAACCUCAAUCCGAGCCCUUCAGACAGAAGUGGACAGUGUAAAACAACACAUGCAGAAACAGGUGGAGCUGCUGCAAAAGUUCCAGGACCAGCUGAAGGUGAAGUCAUACGAAGUCAACAACAUCAAAGCAGAGCUGCGGGCAUCAGAGGCAGGACCAGACUCUGCAGCCACCACCAGAGCUGCUAAUACUGCCAGUCAGGGCUCCCUCUCUGAACUCAGGCGGCUGCAGGGUGAAGUGAAGAAGUCCACAGACGCCGCCAGCCUACGCAGCAGCCCUGUGGGGCAGAGUUACGUCCAGGUGCGCUCCUCCCCCUCCGGUAAGGACCCGCACAUCUUCAUCCCCAGCCCCCGGGCCGUGCGCAUCGCCGUGUCACCUAGCAACUCGGAGGUCAUCGAGAAGCUGCUGGGGACGAGGGCCGGUCAGGAGGUGAGACUUUUCAGUUAG